AUGGACGAGCCAACGGAGUCGACGGUUCGAGCAAACGACCAGCCCAUCGCCGAAAAUGGCGUUCCUGCGCCAGAUCUCGACGUGACGCAGGCUUUGCAAUGGCUUUCUGUUGCCGACCCUAGUCAGCUUGACGUUGCUACUCUCGUCACUCACAAUAACUUGGAAGUGCUGGCAGUUCUCCUCCAGAGGGUGGAGAAGAGGGUGAUCGAACAGGCCGAGCAAAUCAGAACGCUCGAAGAUCUUACCCGAACGAUUCUCGAAAUCCUCAGGCGAAACGAGGAAACCAGUCGUCCAUCUUCUAUUGGUAGCAGCCGUAGCUCUUCUGUUGACAGCGUUGACAGCCGUCACUCCUCGACUGGUCAACCCGCCCCCGCCAGUGACGGAGCCGAGGCUUUGACUGAGGAAGAUCAGAGUGCAAAUGCUUUUGAUGAGAUCCUCGAGAAUCUUUCGGUGCUCGACGACUUCUUCGACCGCUUCAUUCUAGACUCUGACCACACAACUUUGGUCGAACGCUCAGAGCGUAUCCAGGCUUCAUUCGCCGCCUUCGUCGAGGCCGCUACAGACCAGUUGGGUAGCUAUCUGGGCGAGACAGAGGCUCAGGUAAUCAUCGCUCAGCUCUCUAGCCUUGAGGAUGAGGAGACCAUCGACGUCUACAUCGCCCUGAGCCACCGAAACAAUCAGAAAGUCACAGGGGAAGGGGGCCACCACGGUCAGUGA